CAUUGCCAUCACCAGCCCUUUUCGGUGUUAUCGCAAUCCGUUUACUCGUGGCGAAAUUUCGCGUUUCGUAUUUUCCCCGUAAUCUGCCAAUUCGCAUCGCAAAUCAGAAUGCCGGGCGUUGAAACGAUCAAAUCCUCCUGGGCGGAUGAGGUGGAGCUGGACUACGGCGGCCUGCCGCCGACAACGGAGACCUUGGAGAACGGCCACAAGUAUGUGACGGAGUACAAGUACAACAAGGACGACAAGAAGACCAAGGUGGUGCGCACCUACAAGAUCUCCAAGCAGGUGGUGCCCAAAACGGUGGCCAAGCGCCGCACCUGGACCAAGUUCGGCGAGUCGAAGAACGACAAGCCCGGUCCCAACUCUCAGACGACCAUGGUGUCCGAGGAGAUCAUAAUGCAGUUCCUCAACUCCAAGGAAGACGAGAAGGCCAACGAUCCGCUGCUGGAUCCCACAAAGAACAUCGCAAAAUGCCGCAUCUGCAACGGCGAGCAUUGGUCGGUCAACUGCCCGUACAAGGGCACCGCCAUGGACACCAAUCUCAUGGAGAAGAAGGCUUCCGCUGCGGCGGCUGCUGCCGUUGAUGCGCCCAAGUCCGGAAAGUAUGUGCCGCCGUUCCUCAAGGACAGUCAAAAGGGCGGCAUGGGAAUGCGCGGACGCGAUGAUACGGCAGCCAUUCGGAUUUCCAACCUGUCGGAGUCGAUGACUGAGGCGGAUCUGGAGGAGCUGGUAAAGAAGAUCGGGCCGCAAAGCAAAAUGUACCUGGCCCGCGACAAGAACACCGGCCUCUGCAAGGGCUUCGCCUAUGUGCACUUUAAGCAGCGGAAGGACGCCGCGGCCGCCAUCGAGAUCCUCAACGGCCAUGGUUACGAUCACUUGAUCCUCAGCGUCGAAUGGUCCAAGCCGCAGAACAAUUAGUCGGUUAGUUCCGUUCAGCCUUCUCCGCCGCCCCCUACCCGCGUCUACUGCUUAUAGAGAGGAGUUCGUACGGAUGAAUCACACAAAAUAUGUCCCUAUGCUAUAAGUUUGCUACAAAUAAAUCUUAAAAACAAAAGCCCCCGCCGGGGGCACCGAAAAACACA